CUCUUUGGAAGUUCCAAAUUAAAUAAUUUAAAUAUGAAUUCCCACCUCUCUUAUGAUUACUUAGAAGAGACCUUACCUCAGGCAGAAAUCAUACAGAAAAAUUGGUAUGCAUAUCGGACAAGAAAAAUGAUGAGCCAGGUACAAAAGGAAUUCGAACAAAUAUUUCAGGCUAUAGAAGGACCACAAAGUGAUAAUAGAAUAUUUUGGCCACAAGAUAAAAUCUGUAAACCUCAAAUAAUGCACAAAGAUAUGCACGCUAAAGCUGUGGAACAGAAGAAGAGCAAAGACGAGGAAAGAAAGAGAAGGUCUGCUCAAGCACGUCUUCUUAAAUCUCUAAUUCCUCAAAACUCUGCUUUAAAUGCAUCGCAUGAUCUCAGAACAGCUCCUAAAGAUCAAGUAUCACAAUACGAGAAAUCUAAACCUCAACCUCCUCAUUCCAGAGAAGACUUAGAAGUUUCAUUAAAAGCUGAACUUCUUCAUCUCCAAUCUCUCCUCACCCCUAAACACUAAUUAUACAAAA